CGAAGUUAUAAAGAGGCUUGCUUGAGUAUACACAUUCGUUAACAAGAUAGGAGCCUUUAAGGUCAUCGCUGCUUGACUCCUAUGAACUCUCUCAGUCGGCGUUCAGCAUCGUGCGCGCCGCGCUGCCACGAUGAGCUUUUCAGUCGCUUCUUCGCGAGGAACAACAAUCCGUCGAAUGUUACGAAUCUUUCUCAUCUACGUUUUGUGCUGUGAAACAACGGGUGAAUAUUUAUUCAAGCCGGGAAAACAAUAUCUUUACAAAUACCAUGCGGAGACGAACACAGGCGUUUUGUUGCCUUCCAAGGCAGCAUCUUCCUUCGGCUUUAAUGGUGAACUCAAGAUUCAAGCGAGCGAGAAUUCGACGAUUUUUCAAUUACAAUCCGUCACGAUUUUCGCGUGGAAUGGAGAAUAUCGCGAGAGAAUCCACGACACGAAGCCCACUGAUCAGAGCGAAGAAAUGUCCAAACCAUUUCGAGUCAAUCACAAAAAUGGCUUAGUCACGAAUUUCAGCGUUGGAAACGAGCCCGUUUGGGCGACGAAUAUUAAACGUAGCAUCGCUGGCAUUUUACAGUUGGAUCUUGUCAAUUUGGAGAAACAACUUGCUUUUUACUCUGUCGAAACCAAUCACUAUGGCCAAUGUACGAUAGAGUACGUGGUGACUCACGAAAGCGACGAUGAAAAAUUGAUACGGAAAUUUUCCGAUCCUCGAACGUGCCUCGGUCAUCCACACUGGACUUGGUCCAAUGUUCCACGUACACAUUGUCCCAACGACGGGGAAAAUCCUGUUAUAAAAUCAAGCGAAAGACUGUACAAAGUGAAGAGCGAUGGAAACGACAGUACACUUAUUUACCUGAACGCGACAGGCGGAAUUUACGUUCAACCCUUUCAAAGCCUCGGAGAAUCUCAGUUCACAUUCACGCGUCAAUCGAUUGAACUCAUUUCCGUGGAAGAGAUUACUCAAAAAAUUGCAGACCCCCAAUUUCGCGAUGUUGCUCUUCAACACGAAUUACCGAACGACGACAUCACCCAAGGCAGAAGUCCCAUCGAGAAGCAAGUUAUUUUCUCUUCGAUAUCAAAAUUAUUGGAUCGCUUGAGUCAACGUCUCGAGAAUCCUGGGCUCGAUACCGACGUGAACAAGCUUCACAACACGACGAUUUCGAUACUUCUCUAUUACUUGGAGAUGUUGGAUCAGAACGAUUUGAAAAUAGCGUACAACAAGAUCGCUGGAACAAGUUACAAGGAAGAAACUAUUCGAAACAUGUUUUUGGAAACAUUGCCUCAAGUAGGAACGAAACAUUCGGCACUGUUUAUCCUCGACCUUAUACUGAAGAAGGAAGUAUCAGAUAUAACGGCCAUGCAAUUAUUGACGUACCUUCCCUUCAAUAUUCGUAAACCAAACGUCGAAUUACUUACUAAUAUGAACGUUUUGCUGGAUUUGCCAAAAGAUAGAAUAUCUCUUGAGGUCCGAAACACUGGAAUUCUCACGUUUGGUACACUCAUUUAUAAAACUUGUUUGUCGUACUGCCCUUACGAAACGUUGGACGACUAUGUGAGAUUGUAUCUCGACAGAUUUACAGAGACUUCGAAUUACGACAAAAAAAUGGUUUGGCUAGAGGGCCUCUCAAACAUCCAACUGGGAAGAGUCGUAGAAUUUUUAGAACCCAUAGCAAGUGGUAACAGCGUUGAAUCAAGGCAUCUGAGAGUUUUAGCUGCUUGGGCAUCGUUGCCUACCGCACCAUUGAGGCCUGACGUGAUAUAUCCAGUGUAUUGGCCUAUUUUUGUGAACCGUACCGAACAUCUCGAGCUACGAAUCGCAGCGUUGACACUUUUGAUGGCCUCGAGUCCUUCGGCGAAUCGAAUGAUAUCUUUAUAUUGGUACAUGCACGACGAACCGGAUCGACAUUUGUACCAUUUUUUUUACACCACGUUGAAAUCUCUGGAAAGAAACAAUUUUCCAUGCUACAAGCACUUGGGUGGUAUAGCCGCGCAGUUUACUCGCGUUCUACGCAAACCAUCUCCCAACGAGAACAUCAUCACGGGCAAUUAUUUGUUCGAUUAUCAAGACACGAAAAGACACUUUGGAGCGAUGGUACAAAAUCUAAUAAUUGCGAAUCCUCGAACGAAUAUACCAGAAGUCAUUUAUAUGACUCUGAUCAAUCACGGAAGUGGUGCUAAUCUAAAUCAUAUAUCCCUGUACGUGAAAGCAGAGGGACUGGUGAAUUCACUGUCAGCUUAUAUGGAAAGUCCAACACGAGUCAAAGAUAUUUUGAAGGAUUUCAAUAUAAAAGAAAAACCACGUGGGGAAGUAUACUUGGAAAUAAUAGCGCGAGUUCAACAGAAAGCAGUUUUUUGUCUGCACUUCAAUCAGUCGAGCAUCGAGAAAGGAAUCGGAUUUCUUUCGGCUCUUUCCGCAAACACUUUUACUAUUUAUCAGACCAUGGAAUUUCACGUUAAUCAGAAACGAAUUAAUAUUCCGUUCAUGAUGGAGUCUUUACAAGCAACCGAUCUCGGUACGAAUGUGAGACUAGCCGUGACUGCCAACUCGCUUUUCUCGAUGAGAGGAAACUUUACGCAUCAGGCGAACGGUCGUAACAAUCACGUUAUUAUUCGCUCGGUUGUUCACGGGAGAGAAACUAUCGAAACUUACAACCCUUUUAUCGACGUCUGGCACGAAGCUGAACGAACGCAAUCGAUUCACGGAUAUUUACCAAUAAACGUGACAAUCGGCAUCGAUAAUGCACUAUUCCUCUUAUACAAUACGCCCGCAGAAUAUAUGAGGACUGGUGUAACUGCGAACGUGCGAACCGCCACUUCGAUACGAGGUCGAGAAGCUCAAAAUAAACUGCGUAACAUCUGUCCCGAAUGCACGACCCUUUACACCGUCAGAAAAUCUGACGAACCUACGAAGGUGAUUAAGCUCUUCGAAGUUGACGUCCCCGAAUUGGGGGGGCGACUAAACGUCGAAGUGUUGGAUUGCGAGGGCUUCGUCGAUCAAGAGAAUUAUUUGAGCGAUAUUUUGUCUGCGCACAGAAGCAAUUAUCAUACGUGGCCAGCUGCACGUCUGCCGUUGCUGAUAGCACACUUUCUCGAUUUCUUCACUUACGUACCACCGAAAGGAAGCUGUGGAUUUUCGAUUUACGUUGAGCCAGGCAGUUUGAAUCCUUCCGAGGUGAAAUUGGAAUACGUAAAUAGUGGAGGACAUCACACUCUAGGAUUGAUUCGCCGCGAAAUUCGUACUCUCAAAGUUUUGCAGCAAUGGACUUUGGCAGCUGUUUACGAGAUCACAGACUCUUUGGCAGAAACAGUGAAAAUUAAAGCUAUCAAAACUGUUCCAAGAGAAAAAGUUUUGAAGGUUUGCAUAGAAGCCCAGGAAGUGACACCUUGGGCAUGGGAUUUCUUGAGCAUCGAGCCGAGUGAGCCUGCAUCAGUGAAAUUGAAUAUAGUCUGGGGCCUUAGCGAUACGGCGAAAGGAAAAUGCAGCGGUUCCUCCAUUCUGGUUAAUUUAGUAGGCGAAGUAACGCAGGAACAAAUAAAAGAAAGCAAACGCGAAGUAUGGCCGUACAAAGAAUGUCGAGAACAAUUAAAAGGAAAAAAAUUCGUGCCCUACACGGAAGCUUGUUACGAGUCCUCGAGGGAAUUAUCAACAUUGCGAAAAUAUCAAACAUUCGUUGAAACUACGAACCUUCCAGAGGGAUUGCGAAACGUAAUUUGGCGUUUGCAAGCGUUUUACAAUUUAUUGGGUGGAAAUAGCAGUCACGUGGCAAAUUCGAAUCAAUUCGUAAUCGGAGCAACUUUUCCAAAGGACUCGAAAAUGGCGGAGAUCAAAGUGAACAAGGACAAAAUGUCCAUUGGUUAUGAUCCAAAUAUCAUCGAUUUGUUCCUCGAACGAACGAGAUUACAUCGAUUCCUGGACAAUUCUUUGCUUCGAUCGAUAUUUAGCGUUUGUACUCUCACAACCACAAUUGGCACAUCAGCCGACAAUGUAACGUUUCCGGUAACCGAAAAUCGCGAAUUAUUAUUACUCGCUCAGUGUUACGAAGAUAAUCCAAGAUUCACGCUGAGAGCGAUCGGAACACAGGACGGAAUAACUGUUAUGUCGGACGACGAUUUAGGAAGCAUAAAAAUCGUGCCGGACAGCGACGGCGGUACAGUUUACAAUUUCACUGAUCGGCUGAAUUUCAAAAGAGACUUCGAAUGGAACGUAAUUAACGCUAAGAGAAUCCGACUGGACAGAAAGUCAAUUCACCUGUUUUUCACCGAUUAUUUCAUUUUCAUACACGUCACGAACGAACAAGUACUCAUAUUUUUUCCGAGUUACAUGAAAGAAUAUUCGUGUGGUGUUUGCACUGCGACGGAUCUCGACGCGGCGAAGUUGUACGAGAAAAAUUGAGCCAUCAGAAAUUUCGCUGGAGAUCUUUUUCCUUUGUAAACAAAUCUAAUAUUUUGUACGAAAUAAAUUAAUGACGAAGUGUA